AUGGAACCAGGAUUGAAGAUAUAUGGCAAACAAAUUUGGUUCACAAGUGGAAAAUACGGAAUCGAGUUUGAGCCAUGUAGUGGCAGGCCAUCAACGUCAGUUUGUGAGGAAAACAUUGAUGUUGUUCGCGACACGAUUGAAAAGGAUAGACGAAUAACCUCUGAAUCAGUAACAGACACACUCAAUAUCUCUGUGGAUUCUGUACACAAAAUUCUGGUGCAGAGUAUCAACACAUUCCAGAUUAUUGCUGAAUCUCGUAAAACGGAACUUGCUAAGGGUGUGUACGAGUACGCGCGGAUCGUGUUUGCCUGUCUUGCCGCCGUGGCUGUUGCCGCCCCUCAGCUCCAGGAGCGAGUGGUUGAGCUCCUUCGCGAUGAGCGUGUAGCCAACGAGGACGGCACCUUCUCGUACGUCGUGGAAGCCGACAACGGCAUCAACACAGCCGUUUCUGGAAGCAUCGGAGCCGAAGGCCAGAUCAACCAGGAGGGAUCUUACACCGUUAUCCUCGAGGACGGUACCCAGGCAAUUGUCUCUUUCGUGGCCAACGAGAACGGCUUCCAGCCCCAGUCCAGCAUCCUGCCCACUCCCCACCCUCUUCCUGAACACGUCUUUGAGCUGCUGGAAAUCGCAGAGCGUCAGCGCGCUGAGGGCAUCGUGUUCGAAUAAGGAUUGGAACGAUGAUUUAAGAUAUAUGGCAAAGGAAUGUAACUUGAUGUAAUAAAUCAUAGCACUAGU